AUGAGGCAUUGCUUGUCUGCUGUCGGGGAGGUUGCUGAAUUUGCCAACAUAAGAAAGCAGCUUGAAGUCUUGGAGGAUAGGCUAGACACAACGGUCCAGCCUCGUCUUACCGAUGCAUUAUCCAAUUGCAAGGUUGAUGCUGCUCAAGAUUUGCGUGGAGUUUUCGUUAGAAUAGGAAGGUUUAAGUCGUUGGAAUCUCAAUAUUCAAAGGUACAUCUGAAACCAAUUAAACAACUUUGGGAAGACUUUGAAUCAAGAGAGCAGGCUAAUAAGUCUGCAAAUGAGAAGAAUGAAAUGGAGAGAACGUCGAGUGUUAGGAAUUUUCAGUUUGUUUCACCUACAAUAUCGUUCUCCAAUUGGUUACCAAGCUUUUAUGAUGAGCUACUACUUUAUCUUGAACAAAAAUGGAAGUGGUAUCAUUACUGA